UGCCCAGAGAUGAUAUACAUACAUUAUUAUACCCUUUUGCAGUAAAAAAUAAAAUAAAAUAAAAGUUGUGCGUCGUUAUUAAAAAAAGACUCGAGACUUCUCAGACCAUGCUCUGUGGAAUGAAAUGGGAGCGCAUGCUUUGUUGAGGACAAAAUUAUAGAAAUUUACCCUUGGGUUUCACAAAUAAAGGAUGGGGGGGGAUCCUUAGACUAAUUGCUGGAAGGAGGGUUGUCAUUCGUGGUAUGUUUUCCGCAGAGUUCUUUGGCUAUGUCUCUAAAUGGUCCGUGGGUCUCCGGAGAAGAACCUGGAGACGGCUAGCAAGACAUGUUAGAAAGGCAGAUGGCAGCCAAUGGAGAGCGUACGAAGGUUUCGUUGUGUCUUAAAGCUCCCCCCGGACAGCGGAAUAAGAAUACGCGGCAGGAACCCUGUGACCACCGUCACCCGUUUAGACAGCGAAAAGAGAGAGAGAGAGAGAAUGGACGGGCCUCGGCAUCGUCAUUUCAGGAAGAGGGGGGACGGCAGUCGUUGCGGCCUUGGUUACACAGGGUCGAAGAAAGAAAGAGAGAAAGAAGGCGGCAGCAGCUCGUGGGAGACUACACAGCGGGCGUUGGUUUCAGGAGGAGGAUGUGGCGGACGGGGGAAUAGCGAGAGAGGAGGGGGAGGGGGGGCGAUCGGCAGGAGAUCAAUGGAAGGCGAGCAAAGCAGCACAUGGGAGACCAAGGGGGAGGAGAAGGCACCGGGUUCUUCUCUUUUCUAUUUGGCCACCAAACAAGAGGCAUUCAACAAAGGGCUCCCUCCUCUCCUUCCCCACACUCCUGCACUUAUUCUUAUUUUUUCUUCCCACACUCCCGAAGGUACUCGAACACACUCUCUUUCUUCUCUCUUUCUUUGUUCCUUGCUUUCUUUCUUCCUUUAAAUACACUCCUGCUACAGCUGCACUGUCGCAUCUCCUUUUAAAACCCGCCUUCCUCCCUUUACACUCUUAUUCGAAUCACCGCCACCAACUCUUAAUCCCUGUCCCACUCAAACCACAGCCACUACAGACCGAGACAGCCCCAGACCAUUUAUUUCCCCUGUUCCCCUAUGAAUAUGUUUGUUGUUUUGGUGCUUGUCUGA